CUUUGGACAUUUACAGACAAAAACACUUGACAUUGAAGUUUGAAAAGAGAAAAUUUUUACAGUCAUACAAAAAAAAAAAAGAGAUUCCAAAUCUGGUGAGGUGGCACCAUCCCCUUUGGGUGGAGAGUAGCUCUCCUUUGUCUACAAUUCUUCUCCUCAAAUUCACUCUUUCUCCCUUUACAAAUCUCACCCCUUGACUCUCCCUUUGUCUUCCAAGAACCCUCCCAAGACGUACUUUCUUCUUCUGUUUUUUUUUUUUUGUUUUGACAAUGUCAGACAGAGUCUUCCCUUCCUCCAAACCGGCCGCCGCUGCUGCUCCACCUGCCGCAAAUGGUGGCACUGGAGGUGCUGCAGCAGCCGCUACAACCGCUACGACCAAUGGUGGCACCACAAAAACCCACCUUUACAACCCUACUUCUCGCCCACCGUACCGUCCGCAGCCUCAUAACCGCCGUCACCACCACCGUCCACGGCGGAACUAUUGUUGCUGCUUCUGUUUCUGGACCAUCCUCAUAAUUCUCAUCCUUGCCCUUUUAGUGGCCAUCACGGGCACCGUCCUUUACAUCCUUUACCGCCCUCACCGCCCUUCUUUUACCCUUGCUUCUCUCCGUGUUCACCGCUUAAACCUCACGACCACCGCGGACUCCUCGGCUUCCCACCUAUCAACCCUUUUCAACUUGACACUUUCUUCCAAAAACCCAAACUCCCAUCUUUCCUUUUCUUACGACCCUUUUGUAGUCUCAUGCGUAACAAGCAACAGCGAUGCUUUUAUAGGCAACGGAACAUUGCCAGCUUUCUUCAGUAACAGCAAGAAUGAGACAACUUUCAGGGGAGUGGUGGUAACGACAUCAAGUGAUCUAGAUGCGGAGACGGUGAACAACUUAAGAUCGGAUCUGAAGAAGAAAAACGAGAUCUUGUUGAAAGUUCGGAUGGACACGAGAGUGACAGUGAAAAUGGAUGGAUUGAAGAGCAAGAAAGUUGGGAUUAGGGUAACGUGUGAUGGGAUUAAAGGAGCUCUACCAAAAGGUAAGUCACCAUCGGUGGCUAAUGUUUCUGGGGCUAAGUGUAAGGUUGAUCUCCGGAUCAAGAUCUGGAAAUGGACUUUUUGAGAACACACUCUCUCAAAUCCCAAUUGUUUUCCUUUUUUUUUUUAACUUUACAUUUUCAAUGCUUUUGAUUUUUUUUUCUUUUACUUUUUUGGGGUUUGUAAAAGAAAUGGCCAAAAGAGAGUCAUGAAACAAAUCAAGAACCAAUAGUGGGAUGAGAACUGUGAGUAGUUUUAGGGUGGAGGCUGAAGACUCUGAAGAACAAGAUGUUGAAAUUAGUUUUUCUUUUUUGGAGAUUUUCCAUAUAGUUCUGGUGUUGUAAGUGAUUUUGGAUUUUCAUUUUAUUUUUAUGAAUGCAAUGUUGUAAUACCAUGAAAGAAUUACUAUCCAAUUAUGGACAUUUAAUUCCUACCGUUACUGUAU